AUGGCUGGCAAGCGGGAACACGAUGAAAAUGUAGAGAACACCCUACGUAAACAAAGCUGCGGUUCUGUCGAAGCUCGACUAUCUAAAAAACAGAAACAAGACGGCUCUGCCACGGACACCGCCUACACUGUUCGCCAAAUUCUGGAGUUCAAAGACGGAAUAUCCAAAAUCAAAAACUGGAAGAGCAACACGAUUAAAGAAAAGCAUGUCCAAAUCAUCUACUGGUCUGACAUUGAAGGCCUCAGCAGAGUGGAAUGCGCUAAAAGAUACCCAAACAAGAAUGGCAACCCAUGCUCAGCCACCGCUAUCUAUAAAAUUUACAUUAAACAUGCGCCUCGAUUUUAUGCGGAGAAAGGAAUAGUGUUUAUCCCUUCCGCACAACGUGCCACCUGUCGAGCACAAGUCCAUGCGCCUACAUAUCUCCCAGCGCAGAGACCUGGGCACAUUGGAAGUCGUCAGACGACUGAUAAACAUUUCGGGGUGCCUUACAAGGAGUCAAGACUGGAUGAGGAGCUCAAGGAACUCUUCAAUGGUCUUUCUGAAACUGCAGUGCCAGUGGCAGACCCCCGACAUUAUCAAAAAAGACGGGAUCAUGACCAGGGCAUUGAAGCGACAGUAAUGCAGAGCGACAGUGACGAAGCAAGCUUAGAUGAAGAAAUGAUUAGAUUCAGAUGCGAACUCGGCGAUAUACGAUACGAAUGUUCAAGCACGAUCGAGAUGAAGCGGGUAUGCGCUAUGGAGUUUUGCAAAGUCAUUCGGGAGGCACUGCAAGAUAAUCCGGAUAUCUGCACUAUUCAAUACGGCCCUGAGUUCAGUGCUGACACCGUUUCUCGGUUUGUGGCUUGCUGCUCGCCAAAACUGCAGCCAAGCCUACCAAGCCACAUUACUACCAGCUUUGGUGUCUUCAAGCAAGAAUGGACGAUGCCAGAGCUCGAAGACCUUUGCGUUUUCGCCAUCAGCGUAGGCGCACCCGACAUCUGCGAUAUGGUUAUUGACUUCUGGCACAAAGAGAUGCAAGGACCAGAGCAGCGGGUAGUGCACAAUGAAUUUGGUGAUGCUCAUGUCUUCAGCAUCCUUGACUUCGAGCCAGAAUUUCUGAACUUCCUCCUAAAGAACAAUGUGAGGGGGUUCAAAUUCUUCCUGAAUGUCCUAAUCAUGCAUGGUCAGACGGGUCCUGACCUGCUUUGCGAUAUGCAUUUGAGAAAUUGGCAUACGAAGGUCAAGAAUGCACUCAUCUCAAUCAUGAAGUCUAGUCAUGCAAUUGACCUGGUCGCCACUCCUCCAGAGAUAAUUUGUGACUUAUUCCACCACCAUGAUUCUGAAGAACACACGCGCUGCUAUAAGCGUCAAACUCUUGGCCCACCACCACAACUGGCGUUCAAAACACCGCGUCCGGGAACGAAAGCACCCACACCUGGAGCGCAGGGCUUGCACCCCUCUUACGAUACGGACUCCAACGACGCACAAGAAGCAAUACUCCAGAUAUCAGUUCCAUCUUUCCCCUGCGUGCGCAACCGAUACGCUCGAAUCAAGGACAGCGAUCGUCUUCCGGGCUUCGAUGAUGACGUGUCUGAUCGUCUACGGAAGAUAAGGAACAUGCACUUCGACAAUCGUCUGUAUUACGCGGACCCAAAACACAAUGCUCACUAUGAUACAAAGACAAUCUGCGAGGAUAAGAUUCGCCUUGUGAGAAGGAAGAUAAGCUUGUUCAAGGAAGAAGGCAUUGAGUUGUCCGAUGGUGAGUUUGAAAGACUAAUGGGUAAGUCAACGGGGUCGGACUUGGGGACGGAAGAGGAUGACGAUGAGGUCAAGGACUAA